CGAGGGAGGCGUCCCUAGUCGAAGCUGUUCGGCUCCGGUCGGGGGGCUGCGGCCUCGCCGCCUUGUCAGCUACACAGGCCGCGACGCCUCAGCCGUGCAGGCGGUGGCCACCUCACGCUCUGCCACCGCCGCCUUCGCCUCCACACCUCCCCUUCUAGGGCCUGUGUGCGUCUUUGCACCCAGCGUGGUUUUGGCUUUUUUUUUCUGUAGACUGCUCCUUUUCAUCUUUUGUACGUUUGAUGUAGGUGUUUGACGAGACCCGCCCACCCCAAGGUCUCUUUAGUCAGAGGAUAAGAGACCGGAGGGCGUUUCAAACUUUUUCAGGCAUUGAGACCCCUGAGGCCUCUCCUUUCUGCCCGGGUUCUCCUUACCCAGGUGACCAGCCGUUCCAUUCUUGUUCUUUCCGAAGGCCCUUCCCUCCUCCGUCAUAGAAAUCGUGCUCUGUCCCGUUAUUGUCUGGAGGAGAAGAGCCCUGAGGAGAAACGAGUUAGAUAAAACAAUUUUCUUAUAGUGAGCUUUGCAGGUUUUACUUCGUGAGACUGAAAAAAUUACCUCAUUUUGCGGCUUGAUCCUGCUUUAAGAGAUGGAGUUCCUCUUUUCUUGAGUUUUGAUGCAUCUAAGAAGAAAUCUGAGGGAAAAUGUCAAAGUAAACCAGCUCCUACAAGCUUAGAAGACCUUGAUCCAAGGAAUUCUUUGUUUGCAAAGAUUUGUUAAUUAAAAUAAAAAAUCUGUGAACUUAAAAUUUUGUUUUCUUUUCUGGUUUGGAAUGUGAGUCUUAAUGUCUUUUAGUGCCAUUAAACUUAAAAUGGAAACCUAGAAGUAGAGUUUUAAGUUACAAAAGCCUCUUGAACAUUUGUGAGAUGUCCCACUUUGGGAGUUACUGUGCGAACUCAAACGGUCUCUUUAAAGCAGAGACUUCACUGAUGUUGUGAAGGCACUGAUGUGCUUUUAAAAAUUAAGCUAGGGCUUUGUGUGCCCUUGAUGUGUUAACACCAGUACACCUUCCAUUACAUGGUAGAAAUUCAACGGGCUAUUCAGGUUUUCAAAAUGUUUGGAAAUAAGAACAUACUAUUAUUUGAAUGGUAAAAAGUUGAGAGGAAAUAAAAUCUUAAAAAUAAAAACAAAAGACAGAAGAACUGAACAGUAUUAAGAUUUUUUAGGUGAGCCUCCUUGCCUAUUCUUCUUAACCACCUCCCAACCGCCCCCCCCCCCCAAAAAAUUAGGCACAUAGUGCUUCUAUUAAUGAUCCUAAGUUUGAUCCCUUGGGUAAGGAUGACAGUCCAUUUCCAUUGUAAGAGUUUUACUUUGCAAUUAGGAAGCAAUUAAUGAUCUGAUAAACAUGUAGUAGAGAGCUGUCCACUAGAAAUGGGUGUUUGGAAGUUAGGAAGAAGGAGGGGAGGCAAUUUUGGAGGAGAGGACUAACCUAUCUAGGGAACUUGGAAUUGCCGCUCCCAGCUUGCAUCAGGGUUUUAGAUGGCUGGGGGAAAGGAAGGAAACCCUGGUGGCAUAGUGGUAAAGUGCUGUGGCUGCUAACCAAAGGGUCAGCAGUUCGAAUCCACCAGGCGCUCCCUGGAAACUCUAUGGGGCAGUUCUACUCUGUCCUAUAGGAUCGCCAUGAGUCAGAAUCGACGGCACUGGGUUGGUUUGUUUGUUUUUGGUUAGGGGAAAGAAGGCUGAAAGUAGGAGACAUAAGAUUGAGACUGCCUCCUUUGCAGGUUUGCCUAGGGCCCUUACAGCAGUACUUUGCCUCCUUUGUGAGUUUGCCUAGGGCCCUUAUACCAGUAGUGAGCUAACAUACAUGGAAAAGUUCUGAUGUCGGGGGACUCCAAAUCUCAGCUUCCCCAGUUCAACCCGUUCUCCCCAGUUAGGUUAUCUAGUCCAGUCUGGCUUGUUAAGCCCAGUGUUUAAUUACUCAGCUUUGGCUUUUUUAGUAGGGGAGACAGGACAAGGAAAGAUAGAAUUUUGUACCCUCCUGUCUCCCACCUGUUUUCCUUGUUUAAGGGGACGUUUAGAACCAUACCAAGAAUUUUUUUGUUGCUGUCAUACUAAUUGUGUGGGAGAAAUACCUAAAUGGAAUAGCAAUUUUUGUGAGUAGAAAGUAACCUAUAUUUUUAAGAUGCAGAAUAUUGGAAAUUUAUAUUGAAUGGAGUUUGUUAUUUUUCAAAAGUAACCUCAAGGAACAGAAAUAUUUAUGAGUUAUAUUCACUAAAUAUAUAAUUCUGAUUUUUUUUUUUUUUGGUACUCUUUUUCUGCUCCAGAGAAGGAGCAGGAUAUUUUGUUUUCAGUCAGGUUGUUUUAAGUAAAGGAACCCUGGUGGUGCAAUGGUUAAGCGCUCAGCUGCUAAUCAAAAGGCUGGUGAUUUGAACCCACUAGUCUGCUUCCUGGGAGAAGAAUGUGGCAGUCUACUUCUGUAAAGAUUUACAGCCUUGAAAACCCCAUGGGGCAGUUCUACUCUGUCCUGUAGGGUCACUCUGAGUCAAACUCAACUCAGUGGCAGUGGGUCUGGAUCUUGGGUAUUUUAAGUGACUCAGAAAAACUUACUUAGUAAUUUGUAUUAAAAAUGUGUAUUUAGACUGAUUUGUUCUCUGCAAAGCAAUUUUCUUUUAAGGAAUCUUUCUAUUAACUGUCUAUCAGGAAAAGCAGUCAUCAUUAUGUACCAUCUGGGUCCGACAGACCAUUUUUAUUUUGUUAUAUUUUUGUGUCAUUUUACAAAUACUUUACAGAAAAACAGUGAAAAACUAAUAUUAGAUGUUUAAUAAGAAAUUAGACAUGGGAACCUUCUUUACAUGUUCUUAGAAGAAUGUAAAGCAGAUUUGAGAAUCUGUUUUCUAUUACGACAGAUAGUAAAGGAAUUUGCAAAAGUACAAAAUAAUGUCACCCUACCUGACUAAAUUUGCUGUUAUUUUAAACAAAUAAAUACGUAUUUAUUUUCUCAGUUUCAGUUUCUAAUAUGGUAUCAAUAUAAAUGUAACCAACAUAAGCGAAGAGCUCCUGAGACCAAAAAGUUUUGAGAACUGCUAAUCUGGCUUGCUUUAUUUGUGACAGCAGUGAAUUCUUUACGUGAACUAGAAUUUUUUUUUUUCUCUUUAGUGCUUAUACUUAUCAACUUGUGGUAUGGCAUUAGGUAAAGAAAGAAAAAUUAAGCAAAACAGUGGAAAGUACUACUCAGGGAUUUUUUAUGUGUUUUAUUUAAUCUUCACAGUAAAGUGGAGAAACUAUUAAGGGUCAAAUAGGUUGAUUAAUCUUCCUAUAGACUUGGCAGCCAGGAAAUGGUAAAGCCCAAAUUCCCACUCAUGUUUUUCAGCCGCUAUGUCCACUUUUCCCACCAUGGCACUCUGCUUUUUUAACUUAACAUUUUUUUUUGGUGGAGAAGGUUCAUUCUUAUAAAAUGGGAAUUAAUUCAUAGUAUAUACUUCCUGAGGUUACUGUAGGAGUUCAUAAUUAUAGACUAUGUUAUAAAACUUACAUAAAAUACUAUACAGAUUGGCUUUGAAAGACAGGUAAUUAUAUAUUAUUUUUCCCCAGUUUAUGUCUUUGUAUGGUUAACUUUUUGAGGAACUGCCAGACAGUUUUUCGAAGGGCCUGUACCAUUUUACAUUCUUACCAGCAGUGCAUGAGUGUUCCUAUAUCUCUGCAUCCUUGACAAAACUUGUUAUCUUGUCUUUUUGAAUAUACCCAUUCUAGUGGGUGUGAGUGGUAUCCAUAAAUUUGUAAAAAUAUUUUUGUUGUGGUAAAAUACACAUAACAAAGUUUACCAUUUUAACCCGUUAACUUUUAAAAAUGUCUUUUGUACAAUGAAAUCUGUUUAAAAGAUAGUUGAAUUAUUUAUAUAUGUGUGUAUACUGAAAUAAAAAAUAGCAAAAUAGUAUUUAAAUAGGCAGUCUCCAAAAAAUGAAUGGAUUGUGCCCCAAGAGGUGUUUGAUAGUUAGUAACUUAGAAUUUAUUUUUUUCCCAUUGGAACCAUGCAUUAAACAUGGCGAUAGUACCUCUACCUGAGUCAGUAGUUGAAGUGGAGGGUUCUUUCCUCUUCUGUUCUGGAGCAAAUCUGGAGACCCUCUGGAGUUGAUAUUAUAGUUCUAAUAUUCCCGUUGCAUAUCUUUGCUGGAUAUUUGUUUCACUUUUGACAGCUGAUUUAAUCUCCCACCCCCCCAAAAAAAACCAAACCUGGUGCCAUAGAGUGGAUUCUGACUUAGUGACCCUAAAGGACAGAGUAAAACUGCCCCAUAAGUUUUCCAAGGAGCGCCUGGUGGCUUUGAACUGCCGACCUUCUGGUUAGCAGCCGUAGCUCUUAACCACUACACCACCAGGGUUUCCUGAUCUCCCAUAGAUUAAAUUAAAGAUUAAAGUUUGCUUUGCCACCAGAACUCUGAAGUAGUGAUUUAAGGAUUUUUUUUUUUUGUGGUGAUAGUUUUGGAGGGCUCCAACGGUUGAGAUUUCAAAGGAAUCCGUGAAAUUUUGUCUGUUUUUUAAACUAGAACUAAAUACGGUAGUUACUCUUUAGACCAGCAUCGUCCAGUAGAAGUGUUCUGCAACUUCACUGUCCAGUACAGUAGCCACUAGUCACUUGCGGCAUUUGAGCACUUGAGAUGUAGCUAGUGUGACUGAGGAGCUGAAUUUUUUAUUUUAAUUAAUUUAAAUUUAAGUAGUCAUGGGCUAGUGGCCACCUUACUGCAUGGUGUAGCUUUAGACUGAAGUUAUGGUUCUAAUGGCAUCUGAGGAUUUCUGACUUUUUAGAGUAUUUAUGAAUGGAUCGAUUGGUGGUCCACUCCUUGGUGUCUCCUGUGGGCCUCAAAAGCCAUUUCUAUAUAGGCAGUGUAUAUGACUUGUGUGUAUAGACCGUUUGUAAAUUUAGUACUAAUUUCAGAGUGUACCGAUGAAUAUUUUAUAUUGUCAUUUAAUAAAGUGAGUUUAAUAUGUUUCAUAGGCUGUGCAGUUGUGACCCUUAAAAAAUAUGCCGUAUUCUUGGUAGCAGUAGAUCUUAAUGCUGAGGAAGAAUUGUCAUGUAUUUAUCUACUUGACACAUGCAUUACGCUAAUUCUAGAAAGAAAUCUGAAUAGUCAAACCUCAGAACUAUAGAAAUUUACUUAAAUACAAAAUUCAGUAAAGUAAUUGAGACAUUUAUACCAGUAACAACUUCUAGAAUUAAAGUAAUGUUUUUUCCUUUUGGACUAAUUCAGUCCAAAUAAUUUAAAACUGGAAAAAUCAGAGAAGCUUGCUUUUGCCAGUCUGAGGAUAAAGACAAAUGUGAAGAUUCAAUUCACUCUCUAUAUCCUAAUAUUCUAGGCUUCUAAUGUCUAUUUUUGGCCUUUUUUGUUUUAUAACAAACAGUAUUUUAAAGAAAUAUUAUUUUGUAAAAUAGUUUUGUGUAUGUAUGAAAAUCCAGAACACAAAUUCCUGUUUUAGAUAAAGCAAUUCAAAUGUAUUUUGACAAUGUUUAUUGUAACAGCUUAAAAAAAAAAAAACCCAAAGAACAAGAACAGACAUAUUAGCUUGUAAACUUCUAAAGGCAAGGAUUAUGACUUACUACUCAUCUUUGUUUUUUUUCCCCUAAACUUAGCUCAUUACCUUGUGCACAGAAGGCAAAGAGUAAUAAUUUUUUUCAAUGAACUAAUCUAUGAUAAAAUAGAUCAAACUAAUUUUCUGUUCCUUUUCAGUUAAAGUUGAUGAGAAACCAGAAAAAUAUAAACUAAAAAUUUUAUUAAACUUAAGUUUCUUAUAACAAUAAUUACAUUUAUUUCUGAAAUGUGAAGAAUAGGUAACAGUUAAAGAUUAAUGUCACUUAACAUUUCAAAAUUCAGGUUUACUAAAACAGGAACACUAUAGCGUGAUUACUCAUUUUUACAAAGAAUGCCUUUAAAUAUUUGUAAUUACAUAUUUAAUUGAAUCUUUUCUACUCCAAAAAGAUCAUUUUUUUAGUUUGAUAUGUUCCACAAUUGGUUUAUUUCUGAAUGAACUCAAACUUAGUAAAUAACAUGCUGAAUUAUUAAGCAUUUACUUGAAAUCUAAUGAUUAAAUUACAGAUAUUUAAAGGCAUUCUUUGUAAAAAUGAGUAAUCACCCUAUAGUGUUCCUGUUUUAGUAAACCCGAAUUUUUAAAUGAAAUCCAGUGUAAUAGAUAUAUUUAUAGGGAGGAAAACAGAUCUAUUUGCUACCUUGUCAGGAGUUGCAUGGUAAGUUUGCUAGAGAUCAAAAUGAGACCUAAGGAUUUCUGAGACUCAAGUUUUAGGUUUUCAAUAUCUGGUUUGGUAUUUAAAGUGACUCUUAAAACUGACUGAUGGUCGUGUGUUGGUACUUAGGUGGUAAUUUAAAGAAAGUCAACUCUGCAACUUGAUGGACGACGACAACUCUUCGCAACCAAAAAAUAAUUCAAAAAUGGCAGAACUCUUCAUGGAAUGUGAAGAAGAAGAGCUGGAACCAUGGCAGAGAAGAGUAGAAGAGACUCAGAAUGAAGAAGAUGAUGAACUGAUCUUUGUUGGAGAACUGUCAAGUUCAAAGCCAGCCAUUUCAAAUAUUUUGAACAGAGGUAACUCCAGCAGCUCAUCUUCGAGGUCAGCAAAGAGUGAGUCGCUCAGUCCAGGUAUCCCUGAGAUAUUCAGGACUACAGGUCGCCGCUUCUUGACCCGAACACCAAGUCCAACGGCCUCACCUAGAUCUAGAUCUUCACAGGGUUCUGUUACUCCUCAGAGCCUGUCUAAACCUGAUUUGACAAAGAAUUCAUCACAGGAUGACUCAGAUAAAUCUUCAAUCUUACUAUUUGACUUGACCCAGGAGCCACCAUUAACACAAGAGACCCAAGUGGUACAAACACCUCCAGAAGAUUCGGAUCAAAGUUCGCCUUUAUCAAAACGUCCUUCUACUUCUCAAGCAGACAGUGUUGCUCCAAAAAAGCCAAAGAUCAGUGAAGGUAUUUCUGACAUAUCUGACACAAGUACCUCACCCUCAGUGACAUCUUCCCAGGUUGUGCUAUCACAAGGUACAGAUACCUCAACAAAUCAAAAUACAACUGGAACACCUUGUCCAAAGUGUAAUGUUAUGUUCAGUCUUUUGGAUCCUCUGAAAUAUCACAUGCAGCGUUGUUGUCCAGACAUGAUGAAUGACUUUUUGGCAAAUACUGACUCUGAACUUCCAAAUAGAGAAAAUAGAAUUACAACUAGUUCAGAGAGAGGGAAAUUGAUUAUGUUAGUGAGUGACUUUUAUUAUGGAAGACAUGAAGGAACUCUUGAAGAACAGAAGACUUACACUACCUUUAAAUGCUUCAGUUGCUUGAAAGUUCUUAAAAAUAAUAUUAGGUUUAUGAACCACAUGAAACACCAUUUGGAACUUGAAAAGCAGAACAGUGAGAGCUGGGAAAACCACACCACCUGCCAGCACUGCUACCGUCAGUAUCCCACACCAUUCCAGCUGCAGUGUCACAUCGAAAGUACACAUACCCCCCAUGAAUUUUCUACAAUUUGCAAAAUCUGUGAAUUAUCAUUUGAAUCAGAACAUACUCUUUUACAACAUAUGAAGGACACUCAUAAGCCUGGGGAAAUGCCAUAUGUUUGCCAGGUUUGCCAGUAUAGAUCAUCAUCCUUUUCUGAAGUAGAAACUCACUUUAGAACGUCUCAUGAAAACACUAAAAACUUGCUGUGUCCAUUUUGCCUCAAAGUUAGUAAAAUGGCAACACCCUACAUGAACCAUUACAUGAAGCAUCAGAAAAAAGGAAUACAUCGUUGCCCAAAAUGCAGACUGCAGUUUUUGACAUGCAAGGAGAAAACCGAUCACAAGGCACAGCAUCGGACAUUUAUAAAGCCAAAAGAACUGGAAGGAUUGCCUCCUGGGACAAAAGUUACUAUUCGAGCUUCACUUGGACCUCUACAGUCAAAACCAUCAACUAAUCUGGUUUCCAGUAGCACUCCAAGCACUUCUCUUCAGGUCUUACCUCCAAAUUCUAAAACUAAAGCUGCUAAAAAUACCACAAAAUCUAAUGCAAGUAAAUCUAAGACAAGUAAACCUCAUGCAGCUACAUCCACUGCAGUCACACCUAAAGCAAGUAAGGCAGGCCGAGUUGGAUCUAAAUGCAAACCACCAACCUUUUACAAGCAAAAGAAACAGCGCAACAGAAAAAGUAAAAUCAGCGCAGCUUUGAAGAACAUAAGGUGUCUUCGGGGAAUUCACAAGUGCAUUGAGUGUCGUUCCAAAAUAAAAGAUUUUGCAAGCCACUUUUCUACAUAUGUCCACUGUAAUAUUUGCAAAUACAGCAGUCACUGUAGCAAAGCUUUUGUAAAUCACAUGAUGAGCUGUCAUAGCAACCAUCCAAGUAAACGGUUUUGUAUUUUUAAGAAAAAAUCAGGACCUAUCAGGGGCAUUACUCUAGUGUGCCUUAAUUGUGACUUCCUAACUGAUUCUUCUGGUUUAGAUCUUAUGGCUAAACACUUAAGUCAACGUAAAACUCAUACUUGCCAAGUUAUAAAAGAGAGUGUUUCUGAAAAUACCUCAACUUCUGAACCCACUUCUACCUGCUUGUUGAAAUAGAUUCCUGCUCUAUGGAGCUCGUGCAACCUGGUGCAAGACAAGUUGGAAUUUCCUAAGUUCAAAGUUCUGAAGUGUAUUCUUACACAAAGGCAGUUUCCUAAGUCGAAAGUUCUGAAGUGUUUUCUUACACAAAAGCAGUUAAAUAGCCAAGUUCAUGACACUAGCUUUCAUUUCUCAGCUCUUUUCAGCUUUCAGAUGGCACUAGAUUCUUAUUCCACCUUAUCUUUGUGUCAGGUUAACAUAUCUUAACAUCUGUUUCUUUUCUCCAGUUGGCUCUCUCUCCAAAAAUAAUUUUUGUUGCUAUGGCCUUUUCUUACUUUGCUUAAAAUAAUUUGUGUUUUUCUCUGCUAUACUUGCCUUUAGAAUAUUACAUUCCAAACGAUAUGGCUGUUCAUCUUUUUUUGUCUGUUUUGUCUGCUUUCUUUGUUAAUUUCUAUAAGUCUUACAUUUUUAGGUCAGAUAGCUGUCUUUUUUCCCAUUCCUUGUCUGUCAUUGUUCUAUUUUUCGUAUUUUUCAGAUGCAGAAGCAACACAGAAAUUUCAAAAAAUAUCCAGGGUACUCCUGGACAGUGUCCCCCUUCGAUGGACACAACUGAUGCCUGUUCUCUCUUUCCAAGGAAUGUGAAUAAUUUGACUGUGAGAUCUCCUCUAGUUUGUGGCCUCAAGAAAUCAUAUCUUGGGGAGAGUACCUUUCUACAUGACUGGCCUCCUACCAGGCUGGUCCUGAUUUGGCCAGAGAUGACCUCAAAGCCCAACAAAUUGAGCACAUCUCCCCACUCUGGGCUUUGGCUCUUGAUCUUGAGCUUAUGGGUCGAUUCUAACCAAGAAAAGGCCGUCAAAUCAGUGCUUCAACAUCCAGGUUGAAGUUUAAUCAUUUUGGCUGCUGCCCUUUAAUCUUCCUCUAACAUGCAUGCAGUCCAAGGAAUACUAAAGUUCUGGUUGUGUAGAGACCAAGGCUACUUUCAUGUUCUUAGAACAAGUUUCUAAAAUUACAGUUCCAAAGUUAUAAUUUUUUGUACUGUCAUUUGAAGUUUUAUCCAGUAUUAACCCUAGGAAUUAAUCAGCAAUAUUAUAUUCAAUUUUUCUCUUUUUUUUUUAAUUUAAUUCAAUUUUAGUAACUUGGUUUUGUGUUUUCUCUAAAGCUUUUGGUGUCCACUUUGUUAUGUAUGUCUACUUUUAUGCUCUUCUUUUUUAAAACUUUUGUCCCAUGCUUGUUUUGUUAAGAAUUUCGAGAUUCCUUAGACUCCUCUAUAGAUUUUAGGUAGCUACCUAUAGGGUUGCCAUGGAAACCCUGGUGGUGUAGUGGUUAAGUGCUACGGUGGCUAACCAAAAUGUCAGCAGUUCUAAUCCACCAAACUGCUCCUUGGAACUCCGUGGGUCGGUUCUACUCUGUCCUGCAGGGUCCCUGUGAGUUGAAUUUGACUCAACGGCAACAGAUUCGGUUUUUGGUUUUUUAGGGUUGCUAUAAGUUAGUAUCAGCUUGACACCACACAACAGCAACAACAACAUCAGUUGGUAGCUGCUUAAUUUGGCAGUUGUUCAGACCAGUAGACAUUAUUACAUUCUCUCUCUAUCUCAGCUGUCAUUACUAACAUCUUAAAGCUUGUGAGUUCAAAGGUACAAACAAUUGGCAAAAUCUCUUCUUAACAGACCUUAAAACAAGUGUUGAAGUUACAUUUCUGUAUGUCUAAUACAUAAUGUAGUUCCUUCGGAUAAAGAUAAUAUAUUCAAAAAUAUUGGGACCAAAAAUGCACUUGUUUCUUGCCCAUAUAUAUAUAGAUGUAUAUUUUUUUUAAUUUGGUGUUUGUUUAUUUUGGUUACAUUGAAUAUAGAUUUGCUGAACAGUUUUGAUGUAAUUACUUAUUUUUUUAAUAAAAUUUGAAUUACUUGA